AUGAUCUGGCAACCAUUGUGGCUAGUAUUGUCGAUUCUGCUGGGAGCCGCAAGCGCUAAAGACUUGGGUAAUGUAUUUACCAGUCUUUCGUUUCAGGGCCCAGCGGACUACAACAAUUCUCCAGACAUGAUUUGGACUGCGCUUAUGAAUUUCGCCAUCACUCCGGCGAUGAACGUCCAGGCCGGAGACACAUUCAAACUUACAGCACCAAACGUACUAAAAUUCUACGCUGGUAAGACAAUUGGUGACGCUGGCUACGUACCCAUCGUGGAUAAGACUGGCGCGACCAUCGCCAACUGUUUGAUCCAAAAUGGGUUCCAUACGGCCUCACAAUCUUCCUUGACAUGUACCGUCAGCAGAGAUGACUUCUACAAGGCUGAUGGUGCUGUGCAGCUAGGGUUUGUCUUCAAUUACGGUGGCUCUGCCGAUGCCCCCGCCAUCAAUGCUGCUAAGACUUUUAAGAAAGGUGUCAACUCUGUUACCUGGAACGGACUUACAUCCACCGUCAAUUUUGGAGUGCAAAACAAUUUUGUGCCUAUAACUUCAAGCAAGUACGCGGGCUAUGAGACUCUAUUUCCAGCCACUGGCCAAUAUCAAGAGGCUUUCUUUUUGGGUAAUACUUGUAGUCAAGACUUUUCCGAAACCAUAACGAUUAACUACGCGGGAGGCCCCGGCACUAACGGUGAUUUGGCAUCGUGCGAUACCGUCAAAGUUCGCAUCGCACAGAAUUUCAAUGAAUACAACAUGCCGCUCGAAGCGAAAACUCUCUCGUCAGACGCUCUUACUGUCAAAUGCUCCGGUAGCAAGGUCGUGAUCACUGCUAACAUUCCAGCCAACAAUCGUAUCUUUGUCAAUGCUAUGCAAAUGAUGGAUCGCUCGAUCACAAAUGUCCAAUACUACACUAGUUACCUUGAAGAAGGAUACUGUGGUAGAUAUCCAUUUCGUUACUCACCGGGUAAGACCCAUAAUUUCAUUUUCGGUUCCGCUGAAGGCUGGGGUAACCAACAAGCUCUCCAAUGGCACACAACAACAGUAGGAUGGACUGGAUCUUAUACUACAAGUUCCACUUCCACCACUGCAAUCACAGGAACUGAUGGUGCCUUGACUCCAGAGCCAGUGUUGGUCGUAGAGACUCCAACUGUCGGUAUUAAAUCUACAACUUUAACUCCAUGGGCUGGAACUGUGACUUCAACUUACUCUACUAGUUUGACCACAUUCACCGGUUCUAACGGUAUUAGAACUACCAAAACCGUUUAUUUCGUCGAGACCCCAACCGCUGCCACUCAAUCCACGACCUUCAGUCCAUGGGCAGGUACUGUGACUUCGACUUACUCCACUAGUUUGACCACAUUCACCGGUUCUAACGGAAUCCCAACCACGAAAACUGUUUACUUUGUCGAAACUCCAACCGCUGCAACUCAAUCUACGACUCUCAGCCCAUGGGCAGGUACUGUGACUUCGACUUACUCCACUAGUUUGACCACAUUCACUGGUUCUAACGGAAUCCCAACUACGAAAACUGUGUACUUCGUCGAAACUCCAACCGUUGCAAUUCAAUCUACUACAAUUACCGGAUGGACUGGCUCGAUCACUAGCACUUUCUCUACUGAUGUCACCACCUUCACCGGAUCUGACGGCAUUCCAACUACCGAGACUAUCUACUACGUCGAAACCCCAGUUGUGGAAGUGAACUCCACUACCACCACCGGAUGGACUGGCUCUAUCACUAGCACUUUCUCUACUGAUGUCACCACAUUCACCGGAUCUGAUGGUAUUCCAACUACCGAGACUAUCUACUACGUCGAAACCCCAGUUGUGGGAGUGAACUCCACUACCACCACCGGAUGGACUGGCUCUAUCACUAGCACUUUCUCUACUGAUGUCACCACAUUCACCGGAUCUGAUGGUAUUCCAACUACCGAGACUAUCUACUACGUCGAAACCCCAGUUGUGGAAGUGAACUCCACUACCACCACCGGAUGGACUGGCUCUAUCACUAGCACUUUCUCUACUGAUGUCACCACCUUCACCGGAUCUGACGGCAUUCCAACUACCGAGACUGUCUACUACGUCGAAACCCCAGUUGUGGAAGUGAACUCCACUACCACCACCGGAUGGACUGGCUCUAUCACUAGCACUUUCUCUACUGAUGUCACCACCUUCACUGGAUCUGAUGGUAUUCCAACUACCGAGACUAUCUAUUUCGUUGAAACUCCAACUGCUGAUGUCAACUCUACUUUGACUACUGGAUGGACUGGAUCUUUCACAAGUACUUUCUCCACCGAUAUCACCACAUUCACUGGAUCUGAUGGUAUUCCAACUACCGAGACUGUCUACUACGUCGAAACCCCAGUUGUGGGAGUGAACUCCACUACCACCACCGGAUGGACUGGCUCUAUCACUAGCACUUUCUCUACUGAUGUCACCACCUUCACCGGAUCUGAUGGUAUUCCAACUACCGAGACUAUCUAUUUCGUUGAAACUCCAACUGCUGAUGUCAACUCUACUUUGACUACUGGAUGGACUGGAUCUUUCACAAGUACUAUCUCUACUGAUGUCACCACCUUCACUGGAUCUGAUGGUAUUCCAACUACCGAGACUGUCUACUACGUCGAAACCCCAGUUGUGGGAGUGAACUCCACUACCACCACCGGAUGGACUGGCUCUAUCACUAGCACUUUCUCUACUGAUGUCACCACAUUCACUGGAUCUGAUGGUAUUCCGACUACCGAGACUGUCUACUACGUCGAAACCCCAGUUGUGGGAGUGAACUCCACUAUCACCACCGGAUGGACUGGCUCUAUCACUAGCACUUUCUCGACUGAUGUCACUACUUUCACUGGAUCUGACGGUAUCCCAACCACGGAAACCAUCUACUACGUUGAGACUCCAACAGCUGGUGUCAACUCCACGGUAUACACUCCAUGGACCGGUGCAUUGACCUCGACUUUCUCGACUGAUGUCACUACUUUCACUGGAUCUGACGGUAUCCCAACCACGGAAACCAUAUACUACGUUGAGACUCCAACAGCUGGUGUCAACUCCACGGUAUACACUCCAUGGACUGGUGCCUGA